AACAAGGCUCUCAAGCAGAGCACAAGCGGGUGCGGUGUUUGAAGUUCGGCGGACAGGAAUGAUGUCUGAUGAGGUUUUUAAAGAGAUGUCAGAACAUUAAAGUGAGAGAGACCGUUUGAGCAAAACAUAAGGAACUGUCAAAACAGAGAGAAACAGAAAGAAAUGGGAAGUACUGUGAAGGGACGUCGGCGAUUUUUGGAGAUCAUCUUGGUUCUCGCGCUCUGUGCAACAAGCGCCAGCGGUCGAGGAGCCGUCAGUGAUACCCUUGCUGAUUCUCUGUCAUCCGUUGGUGGGACAUUACCUCACUUCCUGCAAGAGCCCGAGGAUGCUUACAUAAUCAAAAAUAAUCCAAUCAAGCUGCGCUGCCGUGCCACUCCUGCCCUGCAGAUCUUCUUCAAAUGUAAUGGGGAAUGGGUCCAUCAGAACCAACAUACCUCAAAUGAGUACAUAGACCAUAACACUGGGCUGAAAAUCCGUGAAGUGAUGAUCAAUGUUACCAGGCAGCAGGUGGAGGAUUUCCAUGGUCCAGAAGACUACUGGUGCCUGUGUGUGGCCUGGAGUCACCUAGGAACCUCAAAGAGCCGUAAGGCCACAGUGAGGAUAGCCUAUCUCCGCAAGAACUUCGAGCAGGAUCCUCAAGGGAACGAAGUGCCAAUGAAGGGCAUGAUUGUGCUGCAUUGCCGUCCCCCAGAGGGAGUGCCCAUGGCAGAGGUGGAGUGGUUGAAAAAUGAAGAAUUGGUUAGCUCCUUUGGAGACGAUAACAUUGACACUCGUGCUGACCACAAUCUGAUCAUCAGUGAAGCCAGGCUCUCUGACUCUGGCAACUACACCUGCCUCGCCAGUAACAUUGUUGCAAAAAGACGCAGUGCUACAGCUACUGUAGUUGUGUUUGUGAAUGGUGGAUGGUCUCUGUGGACAGAGUGGUCUCCUUGCAGCGUGAACUGUGGGAGAGGAGUUCAGAAGCGAUCUCGGACCUGCACUAACCCUGCUCCUCUGAAUGGAGGAGCGUUCUGUGAGGGCAUGUCCGUGCAGAAGAUCACCUGCAAUGCACUCUGCCCAGUGGAUGGAGUCUGGGAAGAGUGGAGCGAAUGGACGAUGUGUAGUGCGCAGUGUGAGAGGCAGAGAUGGAGGGAGUGCAAUGCUCCACCGCCUCGUCACAGAGGCAAGUUGUGUGAGGGAGAAAGUCAAAGCACGGAGAACUGCACGGGAGGACUGUGUACACAAAAUGGGAAGCUGAUGCAUGAUGUUAAGCCUCAGAGUAUGGAGAACUCUAUUGAUGUAGCGCUGUACUCUGGUCUGGCUGCGGGGGUGAUCGCUGUGGUCGUCCUCAUAGUGGCCAUCACCCUCUACAGGAAGAGUCAAAGUGAGUAUGGAGUGGAUGUCAUUGACUCUUCUGCUCUUGCUGGGGGCUUCCAGUCCUUCAACUUCAAAACCACCAGACAGGGCAAUCCACUUCUGCUGAAUUCCUCAAUGCAGCCCGAUAUAACCGUCGGCCAGACGUACAGCAGCCAAAUCUGCUUUCAGGACUCCAUAGACAAAGAGCUCUUUGACCCCCUGCCAGACAAGGUCAAAGUUCAGAGCUCCUUAAUGUUUUCAGUAGGUGUGGCGGACCGGGCCGAGUACCAUGUGAAAGCCCAUCCAGAGACCCUUCCUGCUAACCUUCCUCCAAACUACAGUACAGUGGAAGGAAAGAUGAUGACUAUGAUUGUUCCUAAUGGACUUCACACACUCAGGAAGAGUCAGUUUAAGACGAGUGCAGUGUUUGGGCAUCUGGGUGGCCGAUUAGUCAUUCCAAAUGCAGGUGUAAGCUUGCUGGUACCUUACGGGGCGAUUGCUGAUGAUACCUCUUGGGAAAUGUACAUGCUCACAAAUCAAGAGGAGUCUAGUGCCCAAUCAGAGGAAAGGUGUGAAAUUCUGUUAGGGCCAGAGAUCACAUAUGGACCACCAGGGCUGAACCUGUCCUAUCCUGUUGCCAUGACGAUAGCUCAUUGUGCUGAAGUCAGCGCUGAAAACUGGAACAUUAAACUCAAGAGACAAACCAAGGACAACAAGUGGGAGGAAAUAAUGUCAGUAAAUGAUGAAUCAACCUCCUGCUAUUGCCUAAUGGAUUCGCAUAGCUGUCACUUGUUGUUGGAUCAGCCAGGCUGUUAUGCACUGGUGGGGGAAGCCAUCACCGAUGCCGCUAUAAAGAGACUGAGGAUUGCUGUGUUCGGCAGUAUGGAGACCUUCUCCAUGGACUACAGCCUGCGAGUGCACUGUGUAGAUGACACACCGCAUGCCUUUCAGAGAGUGGUCACUGCUGAAACAAGUAGAGGAGGUCAGCUUCUUGAGGAGCCCAAGACGCUGUUCUUCAAUGGAAACUGCCUCAGUCUGCAGGUGUCCAUCCAGGAUAUCCCCCAGUUUCUGUGGAGCAUCAAACCCUUCACUACCUGUCAGGAAUUCUCCUUCACCCAAGUCUGGUAUAGGAACCAGCAGCCUAUGCACUGUGCCUUCUCGCUGCAGAGACAUAGUGCCUCAACCACCCAGCUCUCCUGCAAGAUCAGUGUGCGGCAGGUCAAAGGUCACGAGCAGAUCCUGCAGGUCUACACCUCAGUGGGAGAGAGUGAGAAAGAGACGGUCCCAUUUUUCACGCAGGCAGAUUGCACGGUGACUUCACAGACGGGAGCCAAAGCCUUCAAAAUCCCCCUGUCCAUACGUCAGCGGAUAUGCACCACCUUCGAUACUGCCAACGCCAAGGGCAAGGACUGGCAGCUCUUAGCUCAGAAACUCAACAUUCAAAGGAACCUGUCCUACUUUACCAAGCAGAAGAGUCCAUCUGCUGUCAUUCUCAGUCUCUGGGAGGCCAGGCAUCAGGGCACUGGAGAUCUUGACUCACUUGCAAGUGCUUUGGAGGAGAUUGGAAAGAUCCACUGUAAAAGUCUGCCUCAGAGUACAGAUGAAAAAGAAACAGACUUUACGUUUUGAGGGACUACUGAAGACUACAUGUACUCCACCAGGUGCAGUUCCCCAGUAUCUUCAGUUUAGAGUUCAAGUGGACCCUGCAAGGCAUAUCCAAUCUGAGAGAAGACUUGGACAAAAUGCGACCAUCUAGAUGGUUUCACGUGUCUAUACAUGUGCAAAGGAAGUAUGCGUUAGUAUGAAUUUGGCACAGAUUCAACAGCUUCAAAAUGCUUUUCUCGAAGCAAACAUCGAAGUACCAAGCCAUCACAUCUUACACAAAAUUCCGCUUUAGCCUUUCUUUGGUGUAGGGGUGGGCGAUAUGGCAAAAAUAUCAUAUCAUGAUUUUUGUUUUUUCAGAAAAGUCACGAUUCAUUAUUUUAUUUAAUUCUUUGUCAUGUUGGUUUUACUCUUUUGCAGGUUGUCUGAGCAGUACAGCCAAACUAAUUUCCCUUAAAAAACAAAACAAAAAAAAUAAACAAAACAAUGGCAGAUAUUUAGGCCAAAGUGGGCGACGCUAAAAAUCAUUGUCAUUAUUUUAUCUUUGUUAUUAAAAAUAGGAACAAAGAUGCACAUUACAAAUACACCUAAUAUAGAAACAAAAUAAACUGCUUUAUCUUUCAGGUACAGUAAGUGUAUUUAGCUGUAGCAAAUGAACAAAUAUAAAUAUGAGACACUAUAUACACUUCACUGUAUAAUUAUACAUUGAUUCUUAUUAAAGCAACUGUUUUAAAGUUCUUCAGUCAAGAGCAGUGAGGGAUUUUUCUGUUUGUGUUUUGUUGUUUUAUUUACAUUAAAGGGAUAGUUCACCUAAAAAUGUAAACUCUCAUUAUUUACUCAAGUGCCAAGUUGUCUUACCUUGAACCUGAAUACAAAGGAAGAUAGUUUGAAGAAUGUUGGUAACCAUGUGGGUAACCAAAGAGUUGCUGGUCCCCAGUGACUUCCAUGGUAUUUAUUUAUGUUUUUUUUUUCCUUCUACUAUCAAAGUUAACGUGGAGCAGCAGCUGUUUGGUUACACACAUUCUUCAAUAGGGCUGGGCGAUAUAUAUCUAACGAUAUGAUCAUGCGCAUCUAGUCAGUAAAUCUGGUUCCGUGAAUAUCGCCAUCACCUGCUUUCAAAUGGAGCAGCAUUUAAUAAACAGAGCCGUAGAUCACUGACAAUCAUAUCGUUAGAUAUAUCGCCCAGCGCUAAUCUUCAAAAUAUCUUAAUAUGUUUUCAGUACAAGAAAGAAAUGAAUACAGGUUUGGGACAACAUGAGAGUGUGUAAAUAAUGAAAGAAUUGUAAUUUUUGAUUGAACUAUUCAUUUAUUGACAAGCUCCAUCAUGUUUAGUACAAUUAGUCUUCUGUCGCUUUUAAGAGCUGCACAGGCACACAUAUGUAUUUCUGUCAGCUGUUUGCAUUCACUUUAGACAUAACCAACUGUUUGGAUGUAAACCUUGUGUGUUUUUGGCAGUAUAGGCCUUUAUCCCACUUCCAAGUUCGAAAAGUGGAAGUUUCAAAUAGUAGCGUAAAAACCUCUGCUGCAGCCUAGUCGAUAUCAAAGGCUGAAGGAAGAUUGUUUCAUGAUAUUCCAACAUAUAUUUAAAGGGGAGCGCGCAAUAUAAUGUACUUCUGAGCCUGACCACCUUAUUUUAUUAUUGAACUGCAAGAAAACAAACAGCAUUUCACAUAAAAGUGCAUUAAUUAGCCAAAGCUUAAAAUAUUAAUUAAGACAAGACUGUUUUGGGUUAUUAAAUUAAAGGUUUAGGUGAAUCUUGUAGGGUGAAUUUGGGUAACCUGGGACAUUUAUUUCGAUAUCUGUCUAACACAUUAGACCGACACAUUAGACUUUUCUAAAAUCCCUAAGAUGUUUUCUAACCACAUCAGAAGAACGAAUCUUGAUUAUUAUAUCCAGAGGAGACAUGCCAAGCCUAUUAGUGUUUCUUUUUUUGUUGUUGUUUGUUUGUUUGUUUGGGGGGGGGGGGGGGGGGCAAAAAACUGCCUGAAUUUGAUCAUUCAUGGGACAGGUCACUUUGUAAUCAAGGACAUAUGUAUUAGGCCUAAAAAGCCUAUAUUCAUCAUACUUCAUGCAUGCCAAACACAAUAUCACCCAUUUUUAAAAAUCAUUAUGAAAAAAAUGACAAGUACAGAAACCUCAAUAAGGAAAUGUAUAUUUCAAUAUCAGGAAAUAUAAUUUCUUACAGUACAGGGAACAAACACUCCUUGCAGGUGAGAGACCCAUGCGUGUGUGUGUGUGUGUGUGUGUUUGCAUAUCUGUGUACAGAACAUUGUCAACUGGCCUGAGUGCAGAUCCCCCUCCUGUUCAGUGAUUUAAACCGUAGUAUAUACUAAACUAACUGGGAAUUUGAGAAAUUAAAUGAAAUGUUUACUUCAUCCUGAUAACUUUGCUUGCUGCUGGAAUAAAUUUCCCAGAUUCCAUCUGUGUAGCGUCUCUCUAGCUAGCUGGUUUAGCAAGCUGCUAGCAACUGUGAACUAAUGUUAUAACCUCCAGUAGUCCACAUUGACACCCACUUCUCAUAAUAGCAUAUAUUAUCCCUUGUCAUUACCCAAAGAAUGCUGUCCCACAUUCUCAAUCAUAUUUGAUAAUGUGGGACAACAACAACAACAACAAAAAAUACAUUUUCAACAAAUAAAUACAUAUUUUGUUGCUUGAAUAUAUCACAAAUGUCUAUGACAUCUAUGCUAAAAUUAUCCUGUUGACUAAAUUUUGUUAGAACAGGAAAUAAACACACUGGAAUUUAGGUGUCCCAGAUUACCUGAAUUCACCCUAUUAAACAUUUGUCAUGCACUUACUUUACGGUGCCAUCCUCAAUAAUUCUAUCAAAUUAAAGUUGUUCAAAUAAACAAAUAUUUCCAGGCCAUAGAUGAUUAUUCAAAAAUAACUAGAUUGUCCCCCUCGACACCCCCCGAAUAAUAGCGAUAAAGUACUGUGUCCCGUGAGUGUAACUCUACUGCUGAGUGAACAUUUGAUGGGAAUGUAACAUUAUGUCGCGAAGUAUUAUUGAGAUGGAGGCGCCAGAACUGUGACUGACAGAAUGUGCAUUGUAGUGCAAUAAUAAUGAUAAAAGCAGAUUGUGGAGACGUCUUCAUCGUUCACGACCGCGAUAUGGCACACCCCUAAUUUGGUUUAUGAUUAAUAAUUAUUAUUGUGUGGAAUUUUAUUGGUGGCUAGGCUGGAAUGUUCUUGAGCAUUUCCUUGCAUUAGCGACACAAUUAAUGGAAUAGUCCACCACAAAAAAAUAAAAUCUGUCAUCCCAUUCUCCCCCUCAUGUCAUGACCCUUUUCUUUGGAAGAUAAAAGAAUAUAUUAUGGAAAAUGUUCAGAGUUUUUCUAUUUCUGUUAGAAAUGGAAAGCGAAACAAAAUAUCAUCUUUUGUUUUCUGCAGAAAGAAAAAAAAACUCAUUGUUUUGGCUGAACGAGGCUAUUCUUUUAAUCUUUUCCUAUUUUUUCACUGGUGUUCCAGAGUCGCAAAGUAUUUAUAUCUCUUCUGCAUGUUACUACUGACGUGUGCUUUGUUCGCACGGUGAUGUUUAGAGAAGGGAAGAGAGGCAAACACAAUCCUGCAGCCUGCCCUUUUUUGCUCAUCACACAUUGUGACUGUGGCUUAGCACGUUCUUUUAUCUCCAAUGUUGUUUUAUUGUCAUUUUUCCAUCUUAAUAGGAUCGGUUGAGGAAUAAUUCCGAAUAAUAUAUGGUAAUAUUAAGAUUCUAACAUUGUUUUCAGCUAUGGCAGAGUAUUGCACAUAAGGAAAGUAUCUCUAAGUUAUUGUAAAAAUAAAUUAAUUACAAUUAAAAACCUCAGAGUAUAAAUGCAUUACUCUGUUCCUGUGAGCAUGUUUCAGUCAUCGGUGCAGAGAGCAGGACGGUUUCAUGCCUUUUAUAGGGAGCGGCAGGCCUGAGACUAAUAUUGACCAGAAGAAGCGUUUACUUAAGCCAUUACAAACGGCAGCAUGUCCCUUUUGUUAACACUUGUAUCUUUCUUUUGAAAUGCAUCUGAAAAGGAAAAGAAAAAAAAAGAAUCCUCAUAUCUCCUCUGACCAAAUUCCACUGUGUGCUGGGAAACACGGCCGAUGAGCAGUGAUGGCUGUAAUUAAGGUCUGAUAAAAAGAGAUAAGCUAUGUGGAAAAAUGCUGUCAGGAGUGCAGGAAAAAAGUUAUGUCCUCCUUUUCCAAGUCGUUUACUUCAUUAACCUUCUCUCUCAAACAGCAAUGCCUCCAAGAGCUAAUUUUAGUUGGUUUCCAACAGUCACAACAUUGCUCACUACUGGCUUAAAAAGUUAAGCUUUAUGUCUUACUCUAGAUAAUAUUAUAUUUGCAUAUACAUAUAUAUUAUUUGUAUUUUUAAUAUAAGUUUAACUUGACAGAUUUGCUGGUCACUUCUUAAAUAUGCACUGAGAACAGCAGUUUGACGUUUAUUACUGCAGUUCCCCACAACUACAUCAAAUAUCCCCAAAAUAUUUUUUAUAUUAUUUCCUUUAUUUUAAUUUAUUAAUGAAUUUGCUCUCAAAUUUGAUUAAAAGGUGUCGUUGUGUUGUCUUGUUAAUGAAUUUUAAAGAAAAUCACUUUGAUGCUCUUUAAACUUAAUCAGUGUUCACAUUUAUGUCAAAAUAUUGAAACAUGAUGAUAAAAUUUCAGAAGUAAUUAGCAAAAAAACAAACAAAAAACAUAAUUCUAGAAAUAGCUAGCAAGCCAAUCUUAAGAUUUUGCCCUAUUAUUUGUGGACCGCAUUUACACUAUUUGAUAAACUAAUACAAAGCCUUUGAACGGUAAAGUUAGCAGUGUUUAUCUGUCACAUGUUCAUGUCAUGGCCCAUGCUUCAAACUAUGAUUCUUGUGCCUUGUAUAACUUCUGUAAAUGGUGAAUGUUGUACAGGUUAAGAUGGUUAUGAAUCAUGCAAAUGUACUGUAAGAUAUCAGUUAAAAACACUAUAGGCUAUUACACUGAUAUGCAGGGGGCAGGAGCUUUUCUAGUGCUAAAUAAACUUGUUGGGAACCGCCAGGCCAGCUUUAUAGUAUAUUGUAUCUAUAAUUGUGAACAUUUUGGAUCUUUUCUGUACAGUGGAGUUUGCUGAUGUAUAUGCAGUCUUUUGGAAAUAUAUGUACAGUUGAAGAGAGCUGCGACUAGCAAA